AUGAAUAACCUGCCUCGUCAUAAUUUAUCUCAACCAACUAAUGACAAAGAUAACACUUCAGUUUCUGUUCCAGUAGUUAAAAGUGAAGAAAAUCCAUUGCAACUCAGAUUUGUAUGUGUUAGUAAUAAUGAAAUUAGUAAAGUUUGUUCAACACCUUCUCAGGCUAUUAACACUAUAUAUCACGUAAUUUUUGGAAAGAAAACUGCAUAUUCUGGGCCUGCAAUUCUUGGGUUUAAUAACGAACAAAUAGUAGAAAAAUUACUAAAUGGAAUAAGAUUUAGACCUCUUUUUUUAAAUAUUGAAAGUUUUAUUGUAGUGGGAUCAAAUGUUGUGUUCAAAUUUUAUAGUUUUAAUUACUCCUUGGUUCAAUGUGCGCAACAUGCAAUUCAAGAAAAUUUGACUAAUGUUAAUCUAACUUGUACUUCACAAGAAUGGGAUGAGUCUCAUAUAAUAAAAAUAAUAUUUGAUCAACAAAUAAAAAAAAGAAAAAUUGCAACUAGCUUCUUAGAUAAUUGGCAAAACUUGUUUAUUACCUGGAUGCGUCAAGUUAAUUCGAUAAUUGAAUUUCAUAACGCACUUAGUAUAAUAUAUCCACCUACCUAUAAAUUAAGUGAUACGGAACUUCGUGCUUGGAGAGUGAUGUUACAAGCCUGUGGUUGCACUGAUAUAACGCCUUAUCCUAAAACUAAUAACAGAAAAGAAUUUUGGAGUCGAUCAAGUGAUCCAACAAUUGACAAAGCUAAUUUGAAACUACUAUAUAAACUUGGGUGUUUACAAACUAAUUUAGAAGAUUCAGAGUGUUUAGAAGAAAGUUACAUAAUUACUAACGAAAAUGAAAAUACUUUCUAG